AUGGAUAGAGCGAUCGGUCGUGAUGAGGUCGUGCCAGCUCACCUCCUUUGUCGUCCAACACUCCGCUCCGAGUGCCGGAAUAUCUGCGUAUUGCCAACUCCGCAGCAGUCAAAUCCGAUCUCCGCCACGCCUCGACAAGCUCUUCAAGCAUUCUCUGCCUCGGCACUCAGCACUGAAGCCAUGCAAGCCGUGUACAAGUCCUCCCUGCACGACUAUCGCAACUCCACAAGGCACAUAUUGGACGCCAUUUCACCCAGACGUGAGAUUGACGAUACCACUUGCUGCUCAUGCUCCCAAUACCAACCAACAGAUUCCAUCAACAAAUGA